AUGAGUAAUUUAAGUGAGGAUGAGAAUGAAGUAAUGCAAGUUGAAUUGGCAAGUGAUGAAGAAUAAAGAGCAGAAGAAAAAGAUGAACGAAUAAUAAAGUUAGAGCAAGACAAAAAGAGUUUCAUGAGUUCAAUAAUGUAGAGUGGAAGAUUGAAUACAAAUGUAAAGAUAAAUUAUACUAAAAUAGUUAAAAUUUGAUAAUAUAGAGUCAAAGAUAAAUACAUUAUUAGAAAAUGCUGAAAAAUAUGCUAUGUUUCUUUUACAUCGACAUAAGAGAACAUAAGAGAAUAAGCAAAGGGUUUAGUCUUAAUAAAGAGGAAAACAUAGAUAAAUAGUUGAAGAUGGUAGUGAGGAAGAAGAAUUUGAUGAUACUCCUACAGUAUUGGAAUAACAGCCUACUAUUUUAAAAGGAGGAUAAUUGAAAUCAUAUUAAUUGACAGGAUUAAAUUGGAUGAUAUCUUUAUUUGAAGAAGGGAUCAAUGGAAUUUUAGCUGAUGAAAUGGGUUUAGGCAAAACAAUACAAACUAUAGGAUUUCUUGCUUUCUUAAAAGAGUAUUAAAAGAUUAGUGGACCUUUUUUGAUUGUAGCACCAAAAUCAACAUUAGGUAAUUGGAUGAGAGAAUUUAAAAUAUGGUUACCUUGCAUGAGAAUAGUAAAAUUGAUAGCAAUUAAAGAAGAAAGAGAUGAAAUAUUGAAUAGAUAUUUUUAACCAGGUAAAUUUGAUGUUUGUUUAACAAGUUAUGAAGGAGUCAAUAUUUGUUUAAAACAUAUAAGAAGAUUUCAAUAUAAAUAUAUUAUAAUAGAUGAGGCACACAAAAUAAAAAAUGAAGAUGCAAUUAUUAGUUAGAAUUUACGUAAGAUUAGAACUAAUUAUAAAUUAUUAUUGACAGGAACACCAUUAUAGAACACUCCACAUGAAUUAUGGAGUUUAUUGAAUUACUUAUUACCUGAUCUAUUUGAUUCUUCAGAAGUCUUUGAUAAAUGGUUUGAGGUAAAUACUGAAGCAAAAUUAAAAGAAGGAAGUGAAACUAUUCAUUAAGAUGAAUUAGAAUAAAGGAAUUUAGAAAUGGUCUAAAAAUUCUAAAAGAUAUUAAGACCAUUUAUGCUUAGAAGAACCAAAGCUGAAGUAGAAAGAAUGCUACCUCCAAAAUAAGAAAUCCAUUUAUUUAUUAAAAUGUCUAAUUUAUAGAAAUAGAUGUAUUAAAAUAUUCUUAUUCACAAUAAUCCACAUGAGGGAGAAGAUAAAGGCUUUUAUAUGAAUAAACUUAUGUAAUUACGUAAGAUUUGUUUACAUCCUUAUUUAUUUCCUGAAGUGGAAGAUAAAUCAUUACCUGUAUUAGGAGAACAUCUAGUGGAAGUCAGUGGUAAAAUGAGAGUAUUAGAUAAAUUUUUAAAGAAAUUAAGUGAAGGCUAACAUCAAAUUCUAAUCUUUUCAUAAUUUACUUCAAUGUUGAAUAUUCUUGAAGACUAUUGUAAUUUUAGAGGCUUUUAAUAUUGCAGAAUAGAUGGAGAAACUGAAAUUUAAUAAAGAGAUGACUAGAUUGCUGAAUUUACAUCUCCAGACACAAAAAAAUUCAUAUUUUUAUUGUCAACUAGAGCAGGUGGUCUUGGUAUCAAUUUGGCUACUGCAGAUACUGUUAUUAUUUAUGAUUCAGAUUUUAAUCCCUAAAUGGAUAUGCAAGCUAUGGACAGAGCUCAUAGAAUUGGAUAAAAGAAUAGAGUAAUGGUUUAUAGGAUGGCUUGUGAACAUACUGUAGAAGAGAAGAUUAUAGAAAGAUAAUAAAUUAAAUUACGUUGGGAUUCACUUAUGAUUUAAUAAGGAAGACUUCAAUAGAAACAAACUGGAAAAUUAUUAUCUAAAGAAGAUUUAAAAGAGAUGACAACUUAUGGUGCAUCACAGAUUUUCAAAUUGGAUGGAGAUGAUAUCAAAGAUGAAGAUAUUGAUAUAUUACUUAAAAGAGGUGAAUAAUUAACUAAAGAAAUGAAUGAAAGAAUUGAAAAGAAAUUUGAAACUUUUAAAGAUAAAGUUUCAUCUUUAGAUUUAGGAUUGGGACAAAUCAAUAUCUUUGACUAUUUUGAUGAAGCUAAAAGAAAUAAAGAAGAUGAAGAAGCAUUGGAAGAUGCCCUAGUCAAUCAUCUAAUGUAAGAUAAUAAAACCAGAAAUAGAGACAAGAAAGCUAUGAUGAUUGGAACCAACUCUAAAAAGAUUUAAGGUAAAUAAAUUAAGCUUUCUGAACAUCAUCUCUAUGAAAACAAAGAUAGAUUAUAGUUUUUGUUAUAAAAAGAGGAAGAUUUUCUUGCAUAACAGAAAACUUAGAAGAAAGCUACAGAAAAUGACCAUAAUGUUGAUUUUGGUGGUCUGACUACAGAAGAGCGUUAGGAAUAAAAAAGAUUACUUGAAACAGGUUUCAAGAAUUGGAAUAAACAAGAGUUUUAAGACUUCAUUAUUGCUAAUGAAAGAUAUGGAAAAGAUGCUUAUGAUAAAAUUUAAGAUGUUAUCAAAACUAAAACAAUAGAUGAAAUCAAAGUUUAUGCUCAAGCCUUUUGGGAAAGAAUUGAUGGAUUAAGUGAAAAAGAUAAAAUUGUUAAGUAAAUUGAGAGAGGACAAAAACUAAUUGAACAAAAAACUAAUGGUUAAAAAUUAAUUGAAGAGAAAUGCAAACAUUUUCAUUAACCAAAAUAUGAAUUAGUCUUUACUCCUUAACUCUAUAAUAAAUUUAAAAGCAAAUAUUUCAGUUUAGAAAAUGACAAAUUCUUGAUAUACAUGACCAAUGAAGUUGGAUAUGGUAAUUGGGGAUAAUUGAAAUAAUCAAUAAGAAAAGAUAUCACUUUUCGAUUUGAUCAUGCCUUUAAAUGCAAAAGUGAAAAUGAACUCAAAAAUAGAGUUAUUUCCCUUGUUAAAGUACUAGAUAAAGAAAAAGAAAAUAAUUCUAUGGGAAGAUCUAUUGUUAAAAACACUUAAAUUGAAAAGCCAAAAGUUGUAUAAGAAACUCAAAAAAAGAAAAUAUAAAAUGAUGAUGAAGAAGUUCAAGAAGAAUCUGAAUCUAUUAAAAAGGUUAAAUUAUGA